AAAAUCGGCCUGAGUGGAGAGCACUGCAACGUACAGCGACUUAUGGUGGUCACGACCCUCAGUCAUGAUGUUUCGACGUAGAAGAAGAAUGUUUUGUGCCUUGUUGUGUGCCACGGUAACGGGCACAAGUGUCGAACUUAUGCCCGUUUCUUGCUCGACAAGUAACAAUUAAAAGUAACAAGUAGAAGAGGUACUUGGUAUCAAUACAUUCUUGAUGGUCAGGCAAUGAAAAGCGAUGUUUCACUGUCGGUCGAUAGUCAUCGUAAUGCAUCAGUUUCCGUACUCAAACAUCAACAUGAGAUUUUAAUCUUAACCUUAUCACAUACAGAUAAACGUUGAUAAUCUGACUUCCACUCACGAUACCAGAGAUGAAAUACCGCAGCCAUUCUUAGUUAUAGCUAUAGUAGUGUAAUAAAAAAUGGAUAAAAAUAUUUAUGGUGUACUAUUUUUCAUUUGUUUCAUUCAGUGUUUGUGUGUGGCGCAAAUAUUGAAGUUUGGAACAUGUCCUGAUGUCAAGACUAUGAAAUAUUUUGAGCUGGAAAAGUUCCUUGGUGUCUGGUACGAAAUAGAGCGUUUCCCGACCUGGUACGAGGACCACGGCGCCUGCGCGUAUAAGCGCAUAAGCUCUUGCGGGCGACACAUUGAAAUUGAACAUGUUUACGUAAAGGAUGGGAUCGAAUACGUACUUCAUGUCAACACGACUUAUAAUGCUGGAGAUGAGGCGGUUUUUAUCAUCCAGGAAAGUAAUAUCGAUCCAAUGGGCAUACCAAUAUCAGUUUUGACGACGGAUUAUACCAACUACGCCGUUAUUUACGGCUGUAGGAACAGUGAAGAAAUGGACCUUAUGUAUAUUUCAGCCUGGAUCGCCUCCCGUUCUUCCACUCUCGACCCGGAGACGCUAGGCAAGGCGCGUCGUGAGCUGAGCUCCAUUCCCUUUGCUAGUGCCGCGUAUUUGGAGAAGGUGGAGCAACAGAAAUGCGGGUUCCACUGGACAGCGCAUGUUGAAGCUGUUGUUCAUAUCGACGAAGAAUCUUAGACGACUGUUUAUAUGACAGUGAUAAAUAAAUAAAUAUUACAGGACAUUCUUACACAGAUUGACUGAGGCCCACGGUAAGCUCAAGAAGGCUUGUGUUGUGGGUACUCAGACAACGAUAUAUAUAAUAUACAAAUACUUAUAUACAUAGAAAAAAUCCAUGACUCAGGAACAAAUAUCUGUGCUCAUCACACAAAUAAAUGCCCUUACCGGGAUUCGAACCCGGGACCGCGGCGCAGCAGGCAGGGUCACCACCGACUGCGUCGGACCGAUAGUGAUAGAUUAAAUACUUUGAUUUGAUAGUGCUUGUGCGACCGAGCUUCACUUGGAGUUGCGCUUUUUUUUAUUCUACGUCAUUGGCAAACAAGCAUACGGUCCGCCUGAUAGAAAGCGGUCACCGUCACCUAUGGAUGGACGCCUGCAACUCAAGGAGUAUCACGUGCACGUUGCCAACCCAUUAGAAACUUGUACACUCAUUUUUGCUGUGCUAAGUACACGGCAAAAUAGAGUGUACAACCUCCAAGGAGGGUUUAGGUUGCCGACGGUCCGUGUCACCAGCACACCGCACCCUCGUUGAGCUCUUUAAUUUUGUGUUUAAUAAUGCGAAAGAAAAGCGCAUGGAAACUCGAAAAUAAGGAGCAAAUAAGGACUCCUGGCAAAUAAGGAGUUGAAAGAAAACGAAACUGUGACAUUGCAGUGACAGGUUGCCAGCAUCUCGCCUACGCCACAAUUUAACCCAUAUCCCAUAGUCGCCUUCUACGACACCCACG